AACUUUAUAAGGAAUUUAUCAGACUUAUUAACGAGAAAGCAAUUGUCUUAAGUAGAAAACAAAAUGUGUCUGAAAUUUGAGAUGGCGAUUAUUUAUUCAUGUCUUACAGUUUUGAUUUUCUGGACUUGGCCUGUCUCUGGACAAGAUUUUACAAAUUGUGGCGGAGAGCUUUCAGCCAGUUCGGAAAGAAAUGGGGCAGUAAUAUCACCAAAUUUCGUUGAUAAUUUGCGAGAUGUUUACCCUCAUUAUGCAAAUUGCACAUGGAAAAUUAGAUGUGGGACUUCCAAACAAGUUGUUAUCAAUUUUGGUAUCUUUGCCCUAGAACGUGACACAAAUUGUGACAGUUUUGACUGGGUUACUGUUGACAACGGUGAGGUCAUCAAAAAUGGUGAUCUUGGACGAUUUUGUGGAGACACUUUCUGUCGUGGAUACCAAGAAGGCUUUUUCCCGUUCAACGAAAUUGUAAGCAAUGGGACCGUUGUGACUAUAAAUUUUAGGAGUGAUUCGUCAGUUACUUCUGCAGGUUUCAAAUUCACAUAUACUUGCAGUAAGUAUUUACAUCAUAGCAACUUAUUACUUUUUUCUGCCGUUGAAUAUUUAGCAUUUAUGAAGAUAUAUACUGAAGGUUUAACAAUAAGUAUAAAGUAAUUUCUUGGUAAUUAUUUUUUUAAAGUAUAUAACAAAGCUUUUAUAUGUAUCUUAAACCGUAAAAUACCAGUUUGAAAUUAUAUUUCCAAAUUAUUUGAACAUUUGCCAUCCAUUUGUUAACAUUGCAAUUCCAGGGAAGGUAAUCUAGACUAUUUAUUUUCCAACAAAAAAAUUAUAUAGUCUGUAGUUGAUAUAUUUAUUAAACAUUUGUAGGCUGUUUGAAUUAUGACUUUAUUUCAACUUGUUAUGAUUUUUUUUUCCAAAUGUAUUGCAUGUUUUUGUUGUUGGUUUUCACCUGGUUCAGCUGGGGAAUCGGACUCAGAAAGUGAUGAUUAAACAUAGCUGUCUUUACCAGAGGUACGAUUUUGCUGUAUCAACGCUUAUCUACUUAACAGGGGAAUGGCUCUUGACAAAAACAUUUUCUCAUUUCUCUUUUUAACACAUUUUGAUUAAGAUAAGUGCCAUUUUCUAAAGGUGUGUCCCCAUAACAAUUACCCUGCUAUUUUUCUAACAUGGACUGGUCCAACAUUCAAUCUGAGAAGUACCACUUAUCAUCAAAAGGGGUGUUCACUGAAAAUUUACUGACUGAAUAUCGAACAGUGCAGACCAUGAUCAGACUGCACGGAUGUGCAGUCUGAUCAUGAUCUACACUGGUCACAAAGGCAGAAUCAAUCGUGUGCAGUAUGAUAAGGGUUAAAUACGGAACGAGAUUGCUACUUGAUAAAGAUUAAAAACAGGAUACAUAUUUAGCUUAGUUAUCACACUUUAUUUAUUAUAUUUCAGCCAUAACAAGACGAUAUAUGAAAAUAGAGAUGACAACAAUAUCCAGAUGACAACAAUAUAGACAUUAGCUGAAUUUGUGUAUGAUUCUAAAGCUUUAAAAUACUUAAUAAAGUAUAAUUGCAUCUU